ACAGUUGAGUGCUUGGUGGAAGAGCAGAGCUGUGGAAAGACUUCCUAAGACCGAAUUUGACUCCCAAGAAGCCCCCGACCAGGGUCAGCCCCGCACCCUCCUCAGAGCUGCCAGCCCCUUGCAGAGAGCACCCUCUUCAUGGAAAGCCCCACACCCUGGGCCCCUGGUGAUGGCAUCCGACACUGACGUGAAGAUGCUGCUGAAUUUUGUGAACCUGGCGUCCAGCGACAUCAAGGCUGCCCUGGACAAGUCCGCACCCUGCCGCCGCUCUGUGGACCACCGCAAGUACCUGCAGAAGCAGCUCAAACGCUUCUCUCAGAAGUACUCCCGGCUCCCGCGGGGCCUUCCCGGCAGGGCAGCUGAGCCUCACCUGAAAAGAGGGCCUGAGGACCGACCGGGGCGGCUGCUCCUCCAUCCCGGCCCCGAUUCUGGCCCUGGCGGGGGUGGGGGCUGCAAGGAGAAGGCUCUGGGGAGCCCCUUUGGGGAGGAAUGUCUUUCCAAGGAGCAGAUCCUCCAGGGGCAGGGCCUGGGAGCUGCCAAGCCUGGCCAGGUGCCCAUGCGGAAAAGACAGCUGCCCGCUUCCUUCUGGGAAGAGCCGAGGCCCACCCACAGCUACCCCAUGGGGUUGGAGGGGGGACUGGGCCCUAGGGAGGGAUCUCCCUAUGAGAGUAAGAAAAAUUGCAAGGGCUUGGAGUCCUCGGUGCCUGAGGCUGCCCCAGGGCCCAUGUCCCCUAGGGUGCUGGCCAACAAAGAGCCACUCAAGAUGCCCGGGGUCUCCCUGGUGGGUUGUGUUGAUGCUUGGAGCUGCUGCCCAUUCCAGUACCAUGGACAGCCCAUCUACCCCAGCCCUCCAGGGGCCCUGCCUCCGAGCCCCCUCCCCAGCCUUGGCCUGUGGAGGAAAAGCCCGGCUUUGCCCGCAGAGCUGGCCCACUUCUGCAAGCACGUGGACAGCCCAGGGCAGAAGGUGUACAGACCCAUGGUUCUGAAGCCUAUUCCCACCAAGCCAGCUGUGCCCCCGCCCAUUUUCAACGUCUUCAGUUACCUCUAGUUAGGCUGUCAGGGUCUGGGCCUCCUCCUUCAGCCUGCAGGACAUCGGGGACCCAAGGCGCUGUCUUUGGGAGGAGGGGGCUGGGCAGAGGCAUGGCCUGGGCAUUCCAAACACCCCUUCCCUUUGUGCAUUCUGAGGGCAGCCUUGGGGCUGGGCAGGGCUGGCCCCUCCCCAGCCGGGCCAGAGCCCAGCAGAUCCCUCCCUGUCCCUGUGCAGACCACCGGCAGUGGGACCUGGCCCAGCCCACCAGGUACCCAGAUGCCACUUACACACCCACUGUUUAAGCCAAUUUCAGUUGUUGUUCUUUUGUUCAUUGUAAAUAUUGAGAAGGUUAAUAGAAUAAAGACAUUUCUUUUGCAGUU